AUGGUCGGCGCGUUGAUACAUACGAUAAACGGACCGGAGUUUCUGCUGCCUGGUUUCUCGCUCUGGGUCAUUGACCGCAUCCUUGGCUUGUACCACAGCUUCCGAUCCAUUGAGGUAACAGAUAUCGCGCACUUUGGGGGCCAAGUAACCAAGUUUACUGUCAAGGGAAUAACCAUCACUCGCCCAGGUCAAAUGGUUUGGGUUCAGCUUCCUGGGGUAUCAUUUUGGAACUCGCAUCCGUUCACAGCGCACUCAGCCUGGUUCAAGGACGAACUUCAAACCCUCCAUGACGUAACAUCAAUGCCAGAGUCAACAGCCAGACUGUCGACCUCGCUGUAUCACACAGAAACCGGUAGCACACUAGCCAUGAGCCAACAAGAGGAAGUGGGCAGUGCGGAAAAGACUGAACCUAUGCCGGCGUGGUGGACUAUCUCACCAGGCCGGCCAGACCUUCGUAGUGUUUUUCAGGGACUCAAGGAGCAGCAUGCUGGUUGUGACGUCGCCGUCAGCUUGUGUGGGCCCAGGGAGAUGGUCGGACUAGCGAGAAAUGCAGCUGUGGGUCAAAUCCAAUGCUCGCGAGAACCAGAUAUUCAAGCUUCCAGAUGGCCGCACCCUAGGUUUCGCAGAAUUCGGAACACCUGGAGGAAAUCACUUCUGUAUAUCCAUGGGUACCCGUCGUCCCGUCUGGAGCCAAAACAAAUAGAGAUCCUGGCACAGCGUCAAGGCAUUCGACUCAUCGCCAUCGAUAGGCCGGGUUUCGGGUGGUCGUCACCUCAACCAAGUCGGAGGCUGCUUGAUUGGGCGCGAGAGGUGGAGCAGUUCUCGAAGAGAAUAGGCAUCGAAAGAUUCGCCGUCAUGGGACUCUCUGGCGGCGGACCAUACGCACUUGCCACGGCAUAUGCUCUACCCAGCACGAUGCUCUCCAGCGUGGGACUUUUCGCAAACGGUCCAAACUGGGAAGCUGGGCGCAAUGAUAUGACGUGGUUCCGGCGUCUUGCGAGCCUCAUGGCCGUAUACUGGCCUAGCGGGCUUGAGAUGGUGUUGAAUGCAACGGUUGCCAGCGUGCGGUGGGUUUUGCAAAGGAGAUGGGUUAAGCGGGUGCUUGAAAAGAAGCUCGAGGCCUUGAAAGAGUCGCGGAAACCCAGUCGCAGGGUCGAAGGAAGAGCCAUCAAUGGCUCACAGUUCGAUCCACAACCAUGA